AUGCUCUUCAAGCAGUCCGUCAUCGCCGCCCUUAUGGCCGCUGCCUCGCUGGUGCUGGCCCUGCCAGCCCCCAACACGAUCAACCUCUCGGUUAGGGACGAGGUGGAUUACGAUGCUGACUACAAGCGUUCGACCGCUGAGAUGUUUGUUUGCAAGCGCGAUGACAACCAGUCUCUGAGCUGCCUCCGCAAGAAGAGCGACGGUGGAGACGAGUCCAAGUCCGCCAACGUUUGA